AUGCGCCAGUUCCUUUUCACCGCGAUGGCUUUCGCCACUUGUGGGCUUUCUGGAAGCCUCACUGACGAUGUGCCGUCGCUUAGAGCUUCAGCAUUCGUCAGUGAGGCCAAAGAUGUCAGUCCCAGCCGGAAAGGGUCUCCUGGAGAGGGACAGUCAGCAACUUCUUCGGCUAUCGACAAGGUCUUUGGCUUUAUGGGAACUGCGCGCACUGUUCGACUUCAGAUCCUUUGUAUUAUUCUUCUUUGUUGUAUAGCACUUACAACGGUGUGCUUCAUGUAUCAACCACAGCAAGGUGGUGCCAGCAGUUUGCGGUUGCCGCCGCGAUGGGAUCCCAGCAUGGAAGGAAGCAUGCCGUUCCGCAGUUGGAUGCAAGACUUGAUGCUUUGGACGAUCUGCACCGACUUGAACCCUGCCCAGCAAUGUGCUGCUAUUAUAUCACAACUAGGUGGAGCCGCGCGUGAGCUUGCGCGGACUCUGACACCUGCCGAGGUAUACCAAGGUGGCAUUAUUAAUGGGCAGCAGUUGGACCCGGUGUCGUUUUUGCUUCAUGGGCUUCAGGUGCGCUUCGCCCCGCUGGAUGAAGAGAAUCGUCUGCGAGCAGCUCAGGAUCUUUUAUCCUUCAGCCGAAGGUCUGGGGAAUCAGUUGACACGCUGAUCUCUAGAUUCGAGAUUACCCGGCAGCGUGCGAGAGACGAGGGCGGUGGAGCCGUGGAUGAUUGGGCCUACGCUGCAAUGUCGCGAGACCCUGCCGCUUCGGACACUGAGUCUGCAACGAGCUCGGACAAUGAUGAAGCAUUGCCGGUUGACGACUUGAGUGGUCUGGCCCCAGCUGAGGUGGAUGAGCGCACCUUGCGCAAGAAGGGCAAAGGUAAAGGCAAAGGCAAACGAAGCAGCUUCCUGAACAUAGGUCUGCACUUUGCCGCCUUUGAGUCAGAUGGAUCGUGGGCUAACGUGUUGACACCGCGCAGCACGGACCCGUGGAUGCAAUGGUACCAGGAAGAUCCCUUGUAUGCGCAGCCUUCGGCACAGGCACAGCAGGCAGUGCAGUCUGAGACCAGAUCUACAUGGACAAUUCCGGGCAUUGGCAAUGUUGGCGUUUCGCAAUCCUUCAGUGAG